ACACUCUCGCACUCAACUGAGGCUGAGGCUGACACUUCCCGCCUCUGCCGCGACACCACGGGCCAUGAAGCUGGAGGUGUCGCCGAGGCAGAGGACCCAAGAAGCAGAGCAGAACGAGGGCCUUGAGGCAUGGAAGCACCCGAAGCAGCUCUGCGCUAGUCUGGACUACGGGGAGGAGGAGGAGGAGGAGGUGACACGGAUGGUGCCGCCGCUCAACUUCGGCAUGGUGGACGACGGCGUCUUCCGGUCGGGGUUCCCCGACGCGGCCAACUUCCGGUUCCUCGCGUCCCUCAACCUGCGCUCCGUCGUGUACCUGUGCCCGGAGCCGUACCCGGAGCAGAACGCGCGGUUCCUGGGGCGCAGCGAGAUCAAGCUCCACCACUUCGGAAUCCAGGGCCGCAAGGAACCGUUUGUCGGCAUCCCCGAAGAAAUGAUCCGCGAGGCGCUCAAAGUCAUCCUUGACGUAAGAAACCACCCGGUGCUCAUCCACUGCAAGAGAGGCAAGCACCGUACCGGCUGCGUGGUGGGCUGCCUGAGGAAGCUGCAGAAGUGGCGCCUGUCCUCCGUCUUCGACGAGUAUCUGCACUUCGCGGCGGCCAAGGCGAGGAAAACCGACCAGAGGUUCAUGGAGCUCUUUGACACGUCAAGCUUGGUGCAUCUCUUGGCCUCACAGUGUUGAUGAGAGCGAGCGUUUUUCGUUUCUCUUUUGGCUUGUCCCGAUCCUGCCACCAUGCGGCUGCGACGACCUGUGUUUUCCCGCGGUGAUUUACAGAGAAUAAUGUUACUAGAACAAUCAUGGGCCAUAUCUAUGAGAGAUACGAGGGGACCAAUGAGAGAUGUACUCCUUGAAUGACCAAAAAAUGUAUUUUUUUUCCAGGUGUAUGACACAAUAUCGUUACUCUCACAAAAAUGGUAGAACACCAUCGAAUGAUCGAUCUGAUAGGA